AUGACUAAAUUUGUUGGUUGCAUUGAUAUUCAUAAUGGUCAAGUCAAACAAAUUGUAGGUUCCACAUUAAUAGAUAAAACAAAACCUGAUGUUCCAACAACGACCACUCAAAAGGCUACUGCCAAUGCUUUAGAAACAAACUUUGUUUCCACUAAACCAUCAUCAUAUUAUGCACAAUUAUACAAAAAAAAUAACAUUGAAUCAACACACAUUAUCUUAUUGGAUUCUUCCAAUACCCAGACCAUUAAAACUGCUCAACUAGCACUCGAAACUGUGCCUUUUUUUUUCCAAGUUGGUGGAGGUAUCAACAUAGAUAAUUGUUUGACUUGGUUGAACGAAUACAAAGCGCGUAAGAUUAUUAUCACGAGUUAUUUAUUUGAUUUCAACACUGGCGAUUUUUCAAUGGAGAAAUUAUUAAAAAUUUUCCACAAGUGUGGUAAGUCUAGGGAUAAGAUUGUAAUUGAUUUAAGUUGCAAAAAAAGAAAAGACUCAAAACAAGAUGAUCAAACAGAAUGGAUUGUAUGCUUUAACAAAUGGCAAACUUUAACUACUUUGAAAUUAAACAAACAGUUAUUCCAAGAAUUAAGUAAAUACACUAAUGAAUUUUUAAUCCAUGCUGCGGAUGUUGAAGGAUUGUGCAAAGGCGUUGAUUUGGAACUAAUUGCAAAAUUAGGUGAAUGGGUCCAAGAUUUAACUGAUGUAAAAAUAGUUUAUGCUGGUGGAGCCAAAAGCAUUAAUGAUCUGGCCAUUGUCAAACAACUAAGCAAGGGUAAAAUAGAUUUAACUUUUGGUAGCAGUUUGGACAUUUUUGGUGGUGAAUUAGUUAAAUUUGAAGAUUGUUGUAAAUGGAAUAGAGAACAGGAUUAA